AUGCCUGAACAUUUGCAGAAGAGGAUUUCACAGCUGAUUGAUGGUGUUGACGGAGUCCUUUGUCAUGCUGACGAUGUUCUUGUUAUAGGAAAAGACCGGGCAGAGCACGAUGACAGGCUGCAUAGGGUGCUACAAAAAUUCAGAGAGGCUGGACUCACACUAAAUGAGAAAUGCCAGUUUGCCCUGACAGAAAUCCGCUUCCUGGGUCAUGUCAUAAAUAAUCAAGGCAUCAGAGCAGACCCGGGUAAAAUAAAGGCAAUCCUUGACAUGCCUGAGCCAAAGGAUGUGGCUGAUGUUCGCCGUUUUAUGGGUAUGGUGAACUUUGUAGGAAAAUUUUCGCCACGCCUGCCUGAUCUGACAAAGCCCAUCCGUGACCUGCUAAAGACGGAGAACAGUUGGACAUGGGGGGCACCUCAACAGAAAGCGUUUCUGGAGACAAAAAAAGAAUUGGGGUCAGAGACUGUGUUAGCUCAGUACAGCCCAAAUCACGAAACCAUGGUAUCAGCUGAUGCCUCUUCAUACGGACUAGGAGGUGUCUUUGCACAAAAACAGACAGAUGGUGAGUGGAGACCCGUCGUUUUCAUUUCUAGAAGUCUGACUAAAACCGAAUCAAGAUACGCUCAGAUAGAAAAGGAGGCCUUAGCUGUGACCUGGGCAUGUGAGCGCCUGCGAGGAUAUUUGAGUGGACUGGAUUUUACAAUAAGAACUGAUCACAAGCCACUCAUAACACUUCUGAAGUCCAGAGCAUUGGAUGACCUCCCGCCAAGGAUUAUCAGAUUCAGACUCCGGCUGCUCAGAUUCAAUUUUAACAUCAUCCAUGUCCCAGGUAAAAACCUAAUUACAGCGGAUGCCCUGUCCAGAGCGCCUCUCCCAGCCACAGCUACAGAGGCGGAGCUAGACUUGGAAAGAGAAUGUAAAGCUUAUCUGGACAGUGUAGUAGAUAGUUUGCCAGCCACACCGACAAAGCUGGAACAGAUUAAAGGUGCACUAACUUCAGAUGACAUAUGCAAACGUCUCAGCCGAUACAUUGCAAAUGGUUGGCCAGGACACAGACGAGAUGUCCCUGAGCAGCUGCUAUCCUAUUGGCCACAUCGGUCACUCUUGCAUGAAGGUAGAGGACUGCUUAUGAAAGGAGAGAGACUUAUAAUCCCUGAGUGCAUGAGACCUGACAUCCUGCAAAGACUUCACCAGGGUCACCAGGGUAUCAACAAAUGUCUAGCCAGGGCCAGAGAAUCAGUUUGGUGGCCAGGUAUCACAUCCGCAGUAAAGCAAAUGGUCGAGAGAUGUCAGAUUUGUGCACGUGAAGCUCAAAUACCAGCUGAGCCUCUACUCACGACUGAACUCCCGAACAGACCAUGGCAGAGAGUCGCGGCCGACCUUUUCCAAUGGCAGAAUGGUAACUAUUUAGUCAUGAUAGACUAUUUCUCUCGCUAUAUUGAAGUUUGCUCCCUGCAAAGCAGCACAUCAGCAAAACAGACAAUUGCCAGAUUUAAAGCCGUGUUUGCCAGAUACGGAUGUCCUGAAGUGCUGGUUACGGACAAUGGUCCGCAAUUUUCCUGCUAUGAAUUCGCUCAAUUUGCACAGGACUAUGACUUUACCCAUGUGACAAGCAGUCCCUAUUACCCCCGUGGCAAUGGGGAGGCGGAACGGGCCGUCAGAACUGUGAAGUCCCUUUUAGCUAAAGAGGGAGAUUUCCACAAAGCUCUGCUGGCUUACAGAGCCACUCCAUUGGCGCAAGGGAGCUCCCCAGCACAACUGCUGAUGGGGAGGAGGAUCAGAACACCAGUCCCAGUGUCACCAGAACAGUUACAACCACAGUGGCCUGAUCUCGACAAAUUCAGAGAAAAGGAUACAGCGCUGAAACUGCAACAGGAACAAACAUUCAAUAGGAGACAUCGUACUCACACCCUACCGUCUUUCCAGCCGGGACAGCAUGUAUGGAUCAAACCUACAAGCACAAAAGGGACAGUUGUUAAUACUGCAACUACACCACGUUCUUAUGUGGUAGAGACCCCGGAUGGAAGACGGCUGCGGCGCAACCGUUCACACCUUAGGAAAGUUCCGGUGCCUCCUGCACCAGGUGAAAUGAUAAUGACUAGGUCAGGGAGACUGUCUAAGGCUCCUGAGAGACUAGACCUUUGAACAUGAAACACAUGCAUUAACACAACAGAGUAAAAGGGAAAAAAAAGAGUCAUAAUUUUCUGUUUGAAAAGUUGAAUGUUUAUUAGAAGACAUAUAUUGGAUUUGUUGAGGUUUGCAGUUACUUUAAGAUAAGUCUACAAAAAGGGCUACUGUGAAGUAAAAUGUCUUCUGUUCAUUUCUCUGGCUACACGUUUAAGUUAAAGAAGGAAUACGUAAAGUUGUAAAAUAAGUGAGUGAAAUAAUGGAGUAGCUAUAUUGUUAAAGGAAUCCCAUGUUCUGUUAAAACAAGUAUUCUUUCAUCUAAAAGGAGG